AUGAAGGGACUCGCUCUUCUUUCAGCCGUUGCCGGCCUCGGCGCCGUCAUGGCUUCUCCCACCCCAUCAAAGAACAGCCCUGCAUCCAAGAGAGCCUCGCUGCCCGCUGUUUCGGCCUCUGGAAAUGCUUUCUGGGCUGAUGGCAAGCGCUUCUACCUCCGUGGUAUUGACUACCAGCCCGGUGGCGCUGCGGCCAACGAGGAUCCCCUCGCUGACCCCAAGACCUGCCUCCGAGAUAUCAAGAACUUCCAGGACCUCGGCGUCAACACUAUUCGUGUCUACGCCGUCGACAACUCCAAGGAUCACGACGAGUGCAUGAACGCCCUCGCCGAUGCCGGCAUCUACUUGGUUCUCGACGUCAACAACCCAGGCUACUCCAUCAACCGUCUUAAGCCCGGUCCCUCCUACAACACCAUGUAUCUUCAGAGCGUUUUUUCCACUGUUGAGAUGUUUGCCAAGUAUGACAACACGCUGGCUUUCUUCUCGGGCAACGAGGUCAUCAACGACGAGCCUGGAACCGACAAGUCUGCUCCCUACGUCAAGGCUGUCACUCGUGAUAUGAAGAACUACAUCAACUCUCGAGGACUCCGCAAGGUCCCCGUUGGAUACUCUGCCGCCGACGUUUCCUCCAACCGCAUGCAGACAGCCAUGUACAUGAACUGUGGCAGUGAUGAUGAGCGAUCCGACUUCUUCGCCUUUAAUGAUUACUCUUGGUGCAACAGCGACUUCAAGACCUCCGGUUGGGACCAAAAGGUUAAGAAUUUUACCGACUACGGCAUUCCUAUCUUCUUGUCCGAGUGGGGCUGUAUCAAGAACCGCCCUCGCAAGUUUGAGGAGCUGUCUGCCCUGAUGAGCUCGCAGAUGAGCGAAGUCUACUCUGGUGGCAUCAUGUACGAAUACUCCAAGGAGGACAACGACUAUGGAAUUGUCACUAUCAAGGGUGACUCCAUCUCCAAGUCGGACGAGUACAAUCUUUUCAAGAGUGCCUUGGCUGAUAACCCGACCCCCACCGGUUCCGGCGGCGCUGCCAGCUCUAGUCACGCUGCCAAGUGCCCGCCCAAGGACUCUACCUGGAACGUCGACCCCAGCCUGAUCCCCGAGAUGCCUGAAGCUGCCAACAAGUUCAUGAAGAAGGGUGCUGGUGACGGUCCUGGCCUUGGCGGCGAUGGUUCUCAGAACGCUGCCGAUAGCGGUACCGCAACGGCUAGUGUAACCGGCGGUACGGCUUCUCCUACCAGCACAUCCGGGUCUGCCUCCGAGACGGAAUCCGACAGCGCUGCUGGCUCCUUCUCCCAUACUCCCCUGGACAAGGCACCAUUCAUCGUGUCUGGCUUGACUUUGGCCUUCACCCUGUUCGGCACCCUUCUUCUCUAA